CCUUCUCUCUCUGUCUCUGCCAGCGGCUGUCUCUGAGUCAGUGAGCCACCCCCCCUCCCCUGUCCCCCAACCCGUUUGCACCAGACCUCUUGGAUUUAGAUCGAUCUACAAACUGCUCGGAAAUAUGACUUCCUCCAACAGUGACCAGCGCCUGGAGCAUCUGCUCAGCGCCGUGGAGAGCGAGUUCCAGAAGGGCAGCGAGAAGGGAGACGCGUCCGAGAGGGAUAUUAAACUGACGCUGGAUGAUGCAGACUUAUGGAACAAGUUCAAAGAGUUGACCAACGAGAUGAUUGUCACCAAAACUGGAAGGAGGAUGUUCCCGGUGCUCCGAGCCAGCGUCAGCGGCCUGGACCCCAACGCCAUGUACUCGGUGCUGCUGGAUUUCGUGGCGGCGGACAACAACCGGUGGAAAUACGUGAACGGGGAGUGGGUCCCCGGUGGCAAACCGGAGCCCCAGAGCCCCAGCUGCGUCUACAUCCACCCGGACUCCCCCAACUUCGGAGCGCACUGGAUGAAAGCGCCCGUCUCCUUCAGCAAAGUCAAACUCUCCAAUAAACUCAACGGGGGCGGACAGAUCAUGCUGAAUUCUCUGCACAAAUACGAGCCGAGGAUACACAUCGUGAAGGUUGGAGGCAUCCAGAAGAUGAUCAGCAGCCAGUCGUUCCCCGAAACACAGUUCAUCGCAGUCACCGCCUACCAGAACGAAGAGAUUACUGCUCUGAAGAUCAAGCACAAUCCCUUCGCUAAAGCCUUCUUGGACGCCAAAGAAAGGAGCGACCAUAAAGACAUGCCCGAUCACAGUGCAGACAGCCAGCAGUCUGGCUACUCUCAGCUUGGAGGUUGGUUCCUCCCAGGCCAGAGUCCCAUCUGUCCCAGCAGCAGCCCUCCUCAGUUCAGCGGCACGGCGGGCCACUCGGGCUCCUACUGCGAGCGCUACUCCAGCCUGAGGAGCCACAGAGCGGCCCCGUACCCCAGCCACUACCCCCACCGCACCUCCAGCACAAACAACUACAUGGACAACACUUCAGGGUCUCUGCCCACUCAUGACAGCUGGUCUGCUCUUCAGAUCCCCAACUCCACAGGAAUGGGCACUCUGUCCCACACCACCAACUCCACAUCUAACUCCGGUCAGUACCCCAGCCUGUGGUCAGUCACCGGCAACACCCUGACCCCUUCAGGCUCGGCCUCCGGCUCCAUACCAGGAGGCUUGACCUCCCAGUUCCUGAGGGGCUCCUCCUACACGGGCCUGACCUCCUCGCUGCCCGUCUCCUCGCCGUCCUCCAUGUACGACCCCGGCCUGGGCGAGGUUGGCGUCGGCGUCGGGGACGGGGCCCAGUUCGAGAGCUCCAUCGCCAGGCUGACCGCGUCCUGGGCGCCGGUGGCUCAGAGCUACUGAGCUCAAACGGCGACUCUCCGGAGGCUUUAGGAGCGGGACUAAAGACAUACGGAAAAAACAAAACGGUCCUGGGAAGAAGAUGAGAUGUCACAAGACCUGCAAAGAUCUCCUCUGGCUCCUGUUAGCUUAGAUCACUCGUUCCAGAGCCUCUAAUUUAUCAAAGGUGUAAAGUUAAGCGGUAGUCACACUGAACAGAACAGUUGACGUGCAAAGACAAUCAGAUCCUUCCAUGUUGGACACUUUCCCACGUAGAAUAUUAAGCCUUAGAAUAGCUGCAUGGUCACAACUCAACGCCUCUGCUCUUAGACUUUCCCAACAUGCUUAUUACACAUUUAAAACAUGUUAUUACACCUUUAGCUCCACCCAGCCAAACUCAACUGAGCAAUCCUUGCUAUUUUUUCUUCUUCUUUUUAAGUCUUAAAUAUAUAAGAUGAAAAAAAACAAAUUUGGUUCUGCUAACAUAAAUGUGUAUAUGUGUGUAAAUAGAAUAAAUUAACGUCCAGUGUUUUCCAUAUAAAUGUGCCUUUUGUGAUGAUGCAAUAAAUGUUCCAAGAUCGGACUGAGAGACACAAGUGCCUUCUGCAUCCUGGCAGGGUUCUGUCAAGA